AUGCUCCGACUUCAACCUACGACGAUCAAGAUAGCCACACGCGAUAUUAGCGACGCUGAGCGCCGAAGCCGCUACAGGAAGCACCUAAUCAGUCGCCAGAAGGUCGAUAAAAGACGCGAUGAUCUCAUCCAGCAUGAUCAAGAAGCUGUACUUGAAGAUGCCCUCAACUCCAGGAUCGUAACACCAACCACUGACUCUAGCAUUGGACACGACACGCCAGGUUCAGAUGGUAGAAACGAGUCAGACGGUGAAGAGGAAUUAGGAACACGAGUUCCCCAGCUAGACUACGGUACCGCCAGUUCCGAGGAGACCACCUACAGGGACGUUGAUCAUGGCAUCAACCGCCUGCACCGACAACCAGACCAACAUCGACUUCCUUUCCGCCCGCGGCAAAGCUUGGAUGACUAUGGAGAUGCGGAUACCGCGCCCGCCCACACGCAACCGUACGAUAAUGGUAGGGAUGGUUCCGUGACGGAUGAGGAUGAACGCGACACGAUAGAACAACUUUUGGCAGCAACUCUGGACGGAUCAACGUAUGAAACGGAAGAAGUUAACGACGACCUCUCGCAGAGCCUGGGAGAAGUUGUAGAAACCCCCGAAGAUGCUGGUGAGCUUUCAAUCUCACCGGCUGACGAAGGGUUUGAGCCUAUGACACCCCAAAGAUAUUUUCCUGUUUACAGUGAUCGCCUGUCCGUUGAAGAACAACCCCAAACUCCAAGACAGCUUCCAGAAGCGCGCCAUCAAAGCAGGUUUGAUGGAGCUUACACGGCGCCAGUUCGAGGACGGCGAGUGAGAGUCGAAAUUGACGACGCACCAGUGACAGUAAGGAGAAGGCGUGCUGGACGCAAUACUAGCCUAGUAGGGUUGAGAACACCAGGAUUUCAGGGUUUGUAUGGAGGCAGUGAGAACGCCGACGAUGUGUAA